AUGAUGAUACUCAACCUACUACCAAGAAUACCCUUGAGGAACGUCACGGUGCAGACCAACAUCGGUCUUAGAACAUCAAGAUUUUAUUCGUCACUCUCGAUUCCCAGACAACAACAUUUUAAACCAUUGAAUUUAAAUAUCCGUUCUAUACGAUACAAUAGUACCCAAACUAAAACUAAAGCCAAAUUUUCAUCUGAAUUUAGAAACUUGAUCAGAUUAGCUAAACCAGAAUCUAAGCUAUUAUUGAGUGCAUUUGCCUGUUUAGUCAUCACGUCAUCGGUGUCAAUGACUUUACCUUUGAUAGUAGGGAAAAUUAUAGAUACCACCAAAGAAGAUGAUGAUGAAACAGAUGGACCCAAAGGAACCAAGAUUUUCUCAUUGUCAGAAAACCAAUUCUACACUGGAUUGUUUGUAGUGUUUUCUGUUGGAGCUCUAACGAACUUUGGAAGAAUUUAUUUGUUGAAAUUGACAGGUGAAAAGUUAGUUGCUCGUUUAAGAUCUAGGUUGUUUCUGAAAGUUCUAUCACAAGAUUCUUACUUUUUUGAUAUCGGACCUACAGGUAAGGGGAUGAAAGUAGGGGAUUUGAUUUCUAGAAUUUCAAGUGACACACAAAUAAUUUCCAAGAGUUUGAGUGGCAAUAUUAGUGAUGGUGCCAGAGCUUUAAUUAGUGGAGUUGUGGGAUUAUCGAUGAUGUGGUAUGUAAGUUGGCAAUUGACCUUAUGUAUGAGUAUAAUGUUCCCUCCAUUGAUCUUAAUGUCAACAGUUUAUGGACGUAGAGUCAAGGAAUUAAGUAAGAAAGUUCAAGAGAAUUUAGGUGAUAUGACUAAAGUUACAGAAGAGAAAUUGAAUGGUUUGAAAACCAUUCAAAGUUUUGCAAGACAACCUUUAGUAGUUCAUGAAUAUAAUAAAGAGAUCAGAAAAUUAUUUCAAACUUCAAUGAAAGAAGGAAAAUUGAGUGGGAUCUUCUUUGGUGGAAAUAAUUUCUUAGGAAACAUCAUGAUAGUAGGUUUAUUGUAUAUGGGAACAAGAUUUAUUUCUUCAGGGGACAUCACAGUUGGAGACUUAUCAAGUUUCAUGAUGUAUGCUGUAUAUACCGGUAGUUCCAUUUUCGGUUUAGGAAACUUCUAUACUGAGUUAAUGAAAGGUAUGGGAGCUGCCGAAAGAGUUUUUGAAUUAUCAAAUGCUAAAUCUGAUAUUCACACAUCAAUGGGUAAGAAAGUAGACAACUUACACGGGGAUAUCCGUUUACAAAAUAUCAAAUUCAGCUACCCUUCAAGAUCAGAUAUUAACGUUUUCAAUAAUUUAGAUCUUACCAUCAAAAAAGGUCAACAUGUUUGUUUUGUAGGUCCUAGUGGUAGUGGUAAAUCUACCAUUUCCCAAUUAUUAUUAAGAUUCUAUGAUCCUCAAACUGGAAACAUUACCAUCAAUGAUCAUGAUAUCAAAGAUUUGAAUUUGAAUGAUUAUAGGUCCAAAAUCGGGUAUGUACAACAAGAGCCUUUGUUAUUUAGUGGGACCAUAAGAGAAAAUAUCGAGUUCGGUAGGGAUAAUUGUACUCUUGAGCAAAUUGAGAAUGCUUGUAAAUUCAGUAAUUCAUUAUCAUUCAUUAAUGGAUUUCCUCAAGGUUUGGACACUUACAUUGGACCAUCAAGUAGUGGAGCACAAUUAAGUGGUGGACAAAAACAAAGGAUUUCCUUGGCUAGAACUUUGAUCAAAGAUCCAAAGAUAUUGAUUCUUGAUGAAGCAACUUCAGCUUUGGAUCUGAUUUCUGAAGAAUUAGUAAUGGAGAACUUAUCUGCUCUAGCUAAAGAGAAAUCCAUAACCAUCAUCUCAAUUGCCCAUAGAUUAUCCACUAUCAGAAAUAGUGAAAGAAUCAUUGUUCUCAAUGAACAAGGAUUGGUAGUUGAAGAUGGUAAUUUCAGUGAAUUGUAUAACAAUAAAGAUAGUGAAUUCAAUAAGUUAUUGAAGAAGAGUGGAGUUUAA